GUGUUGAUCGGAGACUCUGGUGUGGGGAAGAGUAACCUAUUGUCUCGUUUCACCCGGAAUGAGUUUAACCUGGAGAGUAAGAGCACCAUCGGGGUGGAGUUUGCCACCCGCAGUAUCCAGGUGGACGGCAAGACGGUGAAGGCCCAGAUCUGGGACACGGCUGGUCAGGAAAGAUACCGGGCUAUAACGUCAGCGUGAGUCUGGGGAUUGGGCCCAUUUGGAAAACACUUUGAAACACCCUAUUUUUCAUGGAAAUACUGACCUUCCGAAAUGUUGACUAUUAAACUUCAAAAAUCAUAUGAAAGUAUCAUGCAUAGUCCAACACAUAGACCUAAUGCAUUUAGUUGGAGAGUCAGUCCAACUCAUAGACCUAAUGCAUUUAGUUGGAGAGUCAGUCCAACUCAUAGGCCUAAUGCAUUUAGUUGGAGAGUCAGUCCAACUCAUAGGCCUAAUGCAUUUAGUUGGAGAGUCAGUCCAACUCAUAGGCCUAAUGCAUUUAGUUGGAGAGUCAGUCCAACUCAUAGGCCUAAUGCAUUUAGUUGGAGAGUCAGUCCAACUCAUAGGCCUAAUGAUUUAGUUGGAGAGUCAGUCCAACUCAUAGGCCUAAUGCUUUAGUUGGAGAGUCAGUCCAACUCAUAGGCCUAAUGCAUUUAGUUGGAGAGUCAGUCCAACUCAUAGGCCUAAUGCAUUUAGUUGGGAGAGUCAGUCCAACUCAUAGGCCUAAAUGCAUUUAGUUGGAGAAGUCAGUCCACUCAUAGGCUAAUGCAUUUAGUUGGAGAGUCAGUCCACUCAUAGGCCUAAUGGCCAUUUAGUUUGGUGAGUCAGUCCAACUCAUAGGCCUAAUGCAUUUAGUUGGAGAGUCAGUCCAACUCAAUAGCCUAAUGCAUUUAUUUGGAGAGUCAGUCCAACUCAUAGGCCUAAUGCAUUUAUUUGGGAGAGUCAGUCCAACUCAUAGGCCUAAGUGCAUUUAGUUGGUGAGUCAGUCCAAACUCAUAGGCCUAAUGCCAUUAGUUGGGUCAGUCCAACUCAUAGGCCUAAGGCAUUAGUUGGAAGAGUCAGUCCAACUCAUAGGCCUAAUGCAUUUUAGUUGGGAGUCAGUCCAACUCAUCGGCCCUAAUGAAUUUAGUUGCGGUCAGUCCACACUCAUAGGCCUAAUUGCAUUUAGUUGGAGAGUCAGUCUCCAACUCCUAGGCCUAAUGCAUUUAGUUGGAGAGUCAGUCCAACUCAUAGGCCUAAUGCAUUUAGUUGGAGAGUCAGUCCAACUCAUAGACCUAAUGCAUUUAGUUGGAGAGUCAGUCCAACUCAUAGGCCUAAUGCAUUUAGUUGGAGAGUCAGUCCAACUCAUAGGCCUAAUGCAUUUAGUUGGAGAGUCAGUCCAACUCAUAGGCCUAAUGCAUUUAGUUGGAGAGUCAGUCCAACUCAUAGACCUAAUAUGUUGGUUUCAGUUUUAGACUGGACCUAUCACAGAUAGACAUCCUGACUUAUUUGAGACAUUUUAAACUUUCCAUCAGAAUGAACGGGUUCUUCUAGAAAGCAUGGACCAAUGUAUUUAGGCUAUUUCAAAGCCUGUUACAAGGUUUAGUUCUAGUUUCUAACAACACGAUAUAGACCAUCUCUGUUUGUCACCUUUGAUCCCAACUCCCCUAACUCUGCAUCCUCUGCAUCCUCAGGUAUUACCGUGGCGCGGUGGGGGCCUUGUUGGUCUAUGACAUCGCCAAGCACCUGACCUAUGAAAACGUGGAGCGUUGGCUGAAGGAGCUGAGAGACCAUGCAGACAGCAACAUCGUCAUCAUGCUGGUCGGCAACAAGAGUGACCUGCGCCACCUCAGGGCUGUGCCCACCGACGAGGCAAGGACAUUCGCAGGUCAGUGUGGGUGUGGGUGGCAUGGGCCAGACAAUAAGAGUGAUCUGUGCCCCCUCAGGGCUGUGCCCACCGACGACGCAGCUUAGUGCAGUACCAACUCAUACAGAAAGAGAUCUAGGAGUAGUGGUGUUAACUUUUUCAUUAUUUUCCUUACCCAUGAGUUGCUGUUAGUUAUCAUGGUUUACUUAUCCAAAUAGGAAGAUACAGUGGCUUGCGAAAGUAUUCACCCCCCUUGGCAUUUUAAAUUAAAAAUGAUUUUUGGGGGGGGUUUGUAUCAUUUGAUUUACACAACAUGCCUACCACUUUGAAGAUGCAAAAUAAUUUUUUGGUGAAACAAACAAGAAAUAAGACAAAAAAACAGAAAACUUGAGUGUGCAUAACUAGUCACCCCCCCCCCCAAAGUCAAUACUUUGUAGAGCCACCUUUUGCAGCAAUUACAGCUGCAAGUCUCUUGGGGUAUGUCUCUAUAAGCUUGGCACAUCUAGCCACUGGGAUUUACCAUUUUUCAAGGUAAAACUGCUCCAACUCCUUUAAGUAGGAUGGGUUAUGCUGGUGUACAGCAAUCUUUAAGUCAUACCACAGAUUCUCAAUUGGAUUGAGGUCUGGGCUUUGACUAGGCCAUUCCAAGACAUUUAAAUGUUUCCCCUUAAACCACUCAAAUUUUGCUUUAGCAGUAUGCUUAGGGUCAUUGUCCUGCUGGAAAGGUGAACCUCGGUCCCAGUCUCAAAUCUCUGGAAGACUGAAACCGGUUUCCCUCAAGAAUUUCCCUGUAUUUAGCGCCAUCCAUCAUUCCUUCAAUUCUAACCAGUUUCCCAGUCCCUGCCGAUGGAAAAACAUCCCCACAGCAUGAUGCUGCCACCACCAUACUUCACUGUGGGGAUGGUGUUCUUGGGGUGAUGAGAGGUGUUGGGUUUGCGCCAGACAUAGCAUUUUCCUUGAUGGCCAAAAAGCUAAAUUUUAGUCUCAUCUGACCAGAGUACCUUCUUCCAUAUGUUUGGGGAGCCUCCCACAUGCCUUUUGGCGAACACGAAAUGUGUUUGCUUAUUUUUUUCUUUAAGCAAUGGCUUUUUUCUGCCCACUCUUCCGUAAAGCCCAGCUCUGUGGAGUGUACGGCUUAAAGUGGUCCUAUGGACAGAUACUCCAAUCUCCGCUGUGGAGCUUUGCAGCUCCUUCAGGGUUAUGUUUGGUCUCUUUGUUGCCUCUCUGAUUAAUGCCCUCCUUGCCUGGUCUGUGAGUUUUGGUGGGCGGCCCUCUCUUGGCAGGUUUGUUGUGGUGCCAUAUUCUUUCCAUUUUCUAUUAAUGGAUUUAAUGGUGCUCUGUGGGAUGUUCAAAGUUUCUGAUAUUUUUUUAUAACCCAACCCUGAUCUGUACUUCUCCACAACUUUGUCCCUGACCUGUUUGGAGAGCUCCUUGGUCUUCAUGGUGCCGCUUGCUUGGUGGUGCCCCUUGCUUAGUGGUGUUGCAGACUCUGGGGCCUUUCAGAGCAGGUGUAUAUAUACUGAGAUCAUGUGACAGAUUAUGUAACACUUAGAUUGGACUUUAUUUAACUAAUAAUGUGACUUCUGAAGGUAAUUGGUUGCACCAGAUCUUAUUUAGGGGCUUCAUAGCAAAGGGGGUGAAUACAUAUGCACGCACCACUUUUCCGUUAUUUAUUUUGUAGAAUAUUUUGAAACAAGUUAUUUUUUUCAUUUCACUUCACCAAUUUUGACUAUUUUGUGUAUGUCCAUUACAUAAAAUCCAAAUAAAAAUCCAUUUAAAUUACAGGUUGUAACGCAACAAAAUAGGAAAAACGCCAAGGGGGAUGAAUACUUUUGCAAGGCACUGUAUCUCUAAUGUAACAGGAAGACAUCUCUGAUGUAACAGGAAGACAUCUCUAAUGUAACAGGAAGACAUCUCUAAUGUAACAGGAAGACAUCUCUAAUGUAGCAGGAAGACAUCUCUAAUGUAGCAGGAAGACGUCUCUAAUGUAACAGGAAGACAUCUCUAAUGUAACAGGAAGAUGUCUCUAAUGUAACAGGAAGAUGUCUCAAAUGUAACAGGAAGACGUCUCUAAUGUAACAGGAAGACGUCUCUAAUGUAGCAGGAAGACGUCUCUAAUGUAACAGGAAGACGUCUCUAAUGUAACAGGAAGACAUCUCUAAUGUAACAGGAAGACGUCUCUAAUGUAGCAGGAAGACGUCUCUAAUGUAACAGGAAGACGUCUCUAAUGUAACAGGAAGACAUCUCUAAUGUAACAGGAAGACGUCUCUAAUGUAACAGGAAGAUAUCUCUAAUGUAACAGGAAGACAUCUCUAAUGUAACAGGAAGACGUCUUGAAGAUUAAUGGUAGAGACCUCAACACAGUAGUGAUUGACAUGGUUUACUGUUUCCCUCUGUCCCUCAGAGAAGAACGGCUUGUCUUUCCUGGAGACUUCAGCCCUGGACUCUACUAACGUGGAGACAUCCUUCCAGACCAUUCUGACAGGUGAGGGGUCUUUUCUACCAUAGAAAUAGAUUGUAUUUCUGGAUCUGAAGAUAACUCUGAUUGAUUUGUAUGUAUGAUAGGCUGGAAGGUUUGAUACAGUGUCAUGAUAUAGACUUGUGGUGGUAAAGACUUUUAUUGCAUCAUGGCUCUGGGGUUUGUGUGCGUUCGUGCGUGCGUGUGAGAGAGAAGAGAACAGUGAUUGUGUGUUGGAGUGACCAGUGCCAGAUCUGCCUGAAUACCUAAUCACAGCUGAGACAUGACUAGCCUUGAUGAGGUCUAAUGUGUGGGUUCUCCUGAAGUCCAGUUCUUCUAACAGGAUAUGACCACCAUAAUGCUUUGCAGCUGGGUCCUAAUGCUGCUCUGCUCUAGACUGGUCCCAGAUCUGUUUAUAAUGCUGGGCUGUAGUCAUUAGACAAACAGGAAGGGCCUAGGCUACCUCAACUUGUCCAAUAAGAAAGCCUCGUUUAAGUAACAGAAGUCUUAAUCUCAAUGUAGGAACUUCCUAGAAGACUCCAUGUCAGGAAGAUCCAAGAGAGUUAUUCUAGGAAGCUUCAAUUCGCGUAUACGAACUCUUUUCUUUAGAAGAGUUCUGUAGAAACAUAUGUAAGAGAUCUAAGUAACAGGAGAUUAGACGGUUUAAGAUUAUUGAUACCGAGAUUUGGUUCUGUCUAAAGAACAUUCUUUGAACACGAUUGAAUCUCAGGAAGAGCUACAUUUGUUCUCUAAGUACAGAGUACAGUGUUAAUGUAGAAUCUUGUGGGCUCUUAGAAACAGAGGUGUACAAUGCAAUAAAGAAGAUCCUGGUUGUGUGGUUCUUAGUACCUUUACAGGUGACCCUUUCAGGUCCUAAUGCCUGCUCUGUCGAUUAAUUUGUAUCUACAAGUAGUACCACUUCUGACCUUCUGUGGUGUAAGCUUCUUGUCGGUGAGUCUUCUGAUGCUGUGUGACAUCCUCUGGUUGCUGUACAGCUCUUCUCUGUUUGUCGGUGUACAGCCUCUCUACUGUCCUCUUACAGCUUCUUGAGUCUGCUGUUACAGCUCCUCCUGACCUGUCCUGCUGUGUACAGCUCCUUCCUCUGACCCGUCCUCUGGUUACCACUCUUCUCUGACCUGUCCUGCUGUGUCCACUCCUUCCUCUGACCUGUCUGCUGUAUACCAGCUCUCUCUGACCGUCCUGCUGUGUACAGCUCUCUCUGACUGUCCUGUCUGUGUAUACAGCUCCUCCUCUGAUCCUGUCUGCUGUAUACCAGCUCUUCUCGACCCUGUCCUGUCUGUGUAUACCAGCUCUUCCUCUGACCUGUCCUGCUGUUACCAGCUCUCCUGA